CUGGGCCACGCGGAGUCUCGGCCUUUGUGCAGUGGGGGCCGGGCCCGGAGCCCAGGCAUCACGGACGUAGGGUGCUGUCGGUCUGGUAACGAAGCCCCUUGGGCGGUGGGCCUGAAGCCAUCACCUCGCCUUCUGGCGGGAGAGGUGUGGGCAGGGACACCUCACACCCUAAAGUCUGCCUGUUUUGUCUGUUUGGAAUAGCCGAGAAACCUCCCAAGUUUCCACCAAAUAACCCGUGGAUGAAGUGUCAGAUAGCUUAUCAGAAUGUGGUUUUACAGUAACAAAGAACGUUGUAGAAAUAAAUGGGAAGUGGCAACCUGUUGACAGCGGUACCUGUCAAGUAGUAUCAUCCAGUGGAUUUGGGUUGCUCGUGGUAGGAAUUUGAUUUGCCAUCUUGCAUGCUUGCAUGUACCUCCUUGCUGGAUGCAGAGAUGUCCUGUGUAGGGUUGUUGACUCUUGUAUGCCAAUCACUAUUAGGGUGCCCACUGUCUGCUGGCUCAAACUAGACUCCCAGAUUUGGAAGUGGCUCAGUUCCCACUGUAAACCAUCACUAAUUGAAGGGAGUGAAAGGCUGGUCAAGUGAGAGCGGCCUGUCAGUUUAGAAUAGGAUUUGCCGGGUGACAAAGGAAUUGAUGAGGUCAUACUGCCUUUGGGUUGAUCAGGAGGCUGCAGCUGUAGCACUGGCCGUGUAGGAGUUGUUCAGAUGGGUUGGGUAACCCUGUGCCAGGGUCCAGGGCAGCCAGCUGUGGGUUUGACUUGCUCACAGUCUAAUUGGCAAAUCAAGAUCCGCAUCCAUAGGUCCAGUUGGCUGAAGAAUAGUGAGGUUGAUGGGCAGGAGGGCUACCCUUUGACCUGCAUUGCCAGGCAUGUUGUGAAGCGGGCAGUUCACAGUUGCUGUCUGAAUUUUACUUUCUGAGAAACAUGAUUUUGACUGGUUUGCCCAGUUUUGGCCUUCUCUUGUCAUCAUUCCCCUCCCAUGUGAUCUCUUGUAGUUGGCAUAUCAGUUUCCUCUGACAUCUUCCAUGACACUAUCUUCAAUGCUGCCCUCCCUUCUGAUCUCCAACCUCCUGCUUCUAGUUGUCCAUUUCAUUUUGAUACCAAAUAGUUUGACCCAAGCUAAGAUAUAGCCACAGUCCAUGCCAGAACCGUCCAUAUGGCUGUCUAAAGUCACCUUGGUGCUUCUCUUAGGCCUGCAUGCAUCUCUUAGGAAGCCUUGCCACCUGUUUCCAACAGUAGACCAUUGCUAAGAAACUGCAACCUAAAGUCCUUGUCCAAGCUCCCUGUGAGCCCUUUAAUUCUUCCUCUGAUUUGAUCCCCUCUCUUACCCUCUUAGUUUUUCUGGACCCAGAGUGAUUCUUUAAAUUGUAUGAUGUUAUAAAACUGAGGUAGUAUAGACUCAGGCCUGUUUGUUUGGGUGGCAAAGCAGCUGUACCACUUCCUAGCUUUGUAACCUUGAGCAGGUUGUUUAACCUUUCUGUCACAGUGCUUAGUAAGUUGCAUAAAAUCCUUACAGCAGGGCCUGUGUCUGGGUUGGCUGCCAUUGUUACCCAUGGAUCAGUGAUCCCACUGUUUUGACCCCUUCUGUGCAGUAUCCUGUUAUUCAAGAUAAACAUGUAAAAUCUUAAUGCUUGUUGCCCAGGCCUGUCGGUUUCACUCAGCAUACUGUCCCUAGCUUGGCCACACCAUGGCUCUGCCCCAGGGUCUUUGCUUUUCCUUCGAGUGUCUUCUACCCUCCUUUUACCCUUGUAGCCACCUGGCUCCAUCUGUUUCAUCUUUAGGUGGAUGCUGGCUGUAGAACCUUGUAUAAUCUUUUGGAAGCUGCUUCCUAGCUUUUUUCCUUGCUUUGUUUUAAUAGAAUAUUUGUCAGCAUGUGACAUCAUAGAUACUUUUCUUGUUAUUAUCCAUCUCUCACACUGAUAUGCUCUGUGGGGGAAGUGUAAUUGCUCUGUGGGGCAAGUGUUUUGUCUGCUUUGUGCUUAACACACAUAAAUGAUGUGUGUGCCUUUUGGAAGGAAGGCAUUCAGCAAAUAGUUGAUAAAUGAAUAAGCUUUCAGAGGGGAGGUAAGAAACGUACCUAGGACUGCCUGUCGCUGAGUUCAAGAGCUAGACAGUUUGCCUGCUUCUGCAAGAUGUCUGCUUUCCUUUUCUAGGGCCUCAGGGUCCCCACCUAUGAUUUUUUAAAAAGCUUCUCCUGCUUUAACACUUAUCAAUGUCUUCAUUUAUUGUCUUCAUCCUUUAUAGUUCCUCACUGGCCCACUGCUUUUAACAUGCAGUAUGCUUCCCUAUCUACCACUCCAACCUCUGUCUACUGAGUGUUCUUACUAUUCGCAUAGUCUACCUCAGAAACCGCAGGUUUGACUUGCUGAGGUCCCUGCAAGCACCUACCGGGCACUGUUCUGGUCUUACUCGUGGACUGUUAGGAUUAAGUAUGCUGACCAGUCUGUCCUCUGCAGUGGUCCUUGGUUGCCAGGAGACUUUGGCUCCUUAGUGAUUGCUGCUCUUAGUCAUUCAUAAGCACCUUUGAUGGGAACAUUUGGAGAGGUAUUUUGUUACAUUUCUACUGAAUUAAAAAACUGUUAGGCCAUUGUCAGUUAUAGGAAAGAAAGUGAUAGUAUAGUUUGACCUUCUGCUGUGUGUAGGCCAUGGUGUCAUUAUCUCUUGUUUGUGGUAGCACCUUUCAGAGUAGACUGUGAGUUUUUAAAUGGUUUAAUUUAACCUAAACAAACCUCUGACUUUUAUGUUGUACCUUCAGCAAGGCAUAACCACGCCACUCAAUCCUUUUACUGUAAGCUGCUUAUACAGUUGAUGUUUUCUGUCCUCUUUUCCUCUCUGGAGUCUUAAGAAUAAGAGUUACUGUAGGUGCAACCAAGCUGUCACCCAUGGGCAUGGUUGUAUGUAUGUAUGUAUAUCUGUACCUGUAACAGUGUGCAUGGCAUGUGCAUGGCAUGUGCAUAAUGUGGCAGUGUUCAUGUAAGCGUGUGCAUUCGUGAGUGCAUGUGUUUCUGCCAAUAACCUUUCUUUCUGUGGCUCUUUGGUUUUGUGGCCAGCAUUCUGCUGAUCUGUUGUCUUUGUUGUGUCAUCCCUCUGCAAGCAUCCUCUGUAGCAGAGUUUCCUAGGAUUGUAUACUUUCCCCUCUGCUAUUUCCCUCUUGUGGUUUUGGUGCUUUACUACCAAUUCAUGUGGUCUCCUCCCCCAGACCUCUUCAGGGCUUCAGAGUUAUGUGACCUGCCUGAGCACUUGUGAGACAGGGCUGCUUACAGCACCCUCUAUUCUUCUCUCCAGGCUUCUGCCUGGAUGCUAGAGUGUGUCUGUAGAGAAGCUUUUUUCUUCACCUCCUUUUUUUUCUGCUUUCCACCCCCAUAGGGUCUGCAAGCGUAGACAAUUCCGUGACACUUUGUUAUUGUCUCCAGAGCUGCUUCCACAUCUUUGUUUUGGAGAACUGUCCCAACAUCUGGUGCAGUCCUAUACCUGGUAUAGCUGUGAGUCUUCUUUAUAAGGAGAGUCACUUCCCUGUUGAUAGCUCAUUAUCCUCAGCCUGGAGCUAGGCUUCAGAUGGCAACCAGAACCCUUUCUACCUUGGCUCUAGCUUUCUCCUGUGUUGUCCCACCUACCCCCCAAUACUAGCAGGCUCCCUUCCCAACAGACACCCUCCCUCUACUGGGAAUGGAUCUAUGCUGCCACUCCUGGUGACCUCAGCACGCUGCAUCACUGUCCUGUCCACGUGCCACGUUGUGGGCCCAGGAGAGGGGGUCCUUGGGUAGCAGAGUGCCUGGCUAUAUCUCUGAGGUCCCUAGUGCCACAGAGUUGAGCUGAGGGUCUCACUCGCCCUCUGACUGACCCAGCCCUUGCAGGUGGAAGAAGAAAGGUGCCACUUUGGCAUGAAGAUAGACUCACUUAGACGUCAGUCUUUUAAGCUGAGUGCAUUGUGAUUUCCAAUAAUUGAGGCAGUGGUUCUAAAAGCUGUCUACAUUAAUGAAAAGAGCAAUGUGGCCAGCUUGACUAAACCGCCAGUGUGUACAGCGCGGGCAGGACGGCACCGGGUCUCGACGGACUUGUGCAUGUUAGCAGUAUAGAUUUAUGUAAGGUGGUUUAAAACUCUGGUCUUUUAAAGUAGUCUUAACUGCUCAUAAUAUGGAGACAUAUGAGAGUCCCUCUCCUCUCCCGCAUGAGCCCACAGGAGAAGCAAUGAUGGAGAACCGAGCUUGCCCCUUCCAAGUGCUGCCCCAUGAACAGUCUCCACCACCUCCCCUGCAAACGUCCAGUGAUGCAGAGGUAAUGGACGUUGGCUCUGGUGGUGAUGGACAGUCCGAACCUCCUGCCGACGACCCAUUCAACUUCUACGGAGCUUCUCUUCUCUCCAAAGGAUCCUUCUCUAAGGGCCGCCUCCUCAUAGACCCGAACUGUAGUGGCCACAGCCCGCGCACUGCCCGGCACGCACCUGCGGUCCGGAAGUUCUCCCCUGACCUUAAGUUGCUUAAGGAUGUAAAGAUUAGCGUGAGCUUUACUGAGAGCUGCAGGAGUAAGGACAGGAAGGUGCUGUACACAGGAGUAGAACGCAGCACUCGGCCUGAAUGUAGCCAGCUCCUUAGUCCUGUCUGCGGGGACGUGCAUGCUUGUCCCUUUGGCGGGAGUGUUGGUAAUGGGGUAGGCCUAGGGGGUGAGAGUACAGAUAAGAAGGAUGAGGAAAAUGAGCUGGAUCAGGAAAAGAGAGUGGAGUAUGCAGUGCUCGAUGAGUUAGAAGAUUUUACUGACAAUUUGGAGCUAGAUGAAGAAGGAACAGGCGGGUUCACGGCUAACGCAAUCGUUCAAAGAGACAGAGUGGAUGAAGAGGCCUUGAAUUUCUCCUAUGAGGAUGACUUUGACAAUGAUGUGGAUGCUUUACUAGAAGAAGGUCUCUGUGCUCCCAAGAAGAGGCGAAUGGAGGAAAAAUAUGGCGGAGACAGUGAUCAUCCGUCUGAUGGAGAGACAAGUGUGCAGCCAAUGAUGACCAAGAUUAAAACAGUGCUCAAAAGUCGUGGCCGUCCACCUACAGAGCCAUUGCCUGAUGGAUGGAUAAUGACUUUUCAUAACUCUGGAGUCCCUGUAUACCUGCACAGAGAGUCUCGAGUGGUCACCUGGUCCAGACCCUACUUCUUGGGGACGGGAAGCAUACGGAAACAUGAUCCUCCUCUAAGCAGCAUCCCUUGUCUGCAUUAUAAGAAAAUGAAGGACAACGAGGAACGAGAGCAAAGUUGUGAUCUUGCCCCCAGUGGAGAAGUGUCACCUGUCAAGCCCCUGGGUCGCUCUGCAGAGCUGGAUUUCCCUCUGGAGGAGCCUGACUCCUUGGGUGGAGACUCAGGGUCUCUGGAUGAGAAGGACCCCCUGGGUGCUGAGGCAGCUGCUGGAGCCCUGGGACAAGUGAGGGCUAAAGUUGAGGUGUGCAAAGAUGAGUCAGUUGAUCUGGAGGAAUUUCGUAAUUACCUGGAGAAGCGAUUUGACUUUGAGCAAGUAACUGUGAAAAAAUUCAGGACUUGGGCUGAACGUCGUCAAUUCAACCGUGAGAUGAAGCGGAAACAGGCAGAGUCAGAGAGGCCCAUCCUGCCAGCCAACCAGAAGCUGAUCACUCUAUCUGUGCAAGAUGCACCCACAAAAAAAGAGUUUGUCAUCAAUCCCAAUGGGAAGUCUGAGGUUUGCAUCCUGCACGAAUACAUGCAGCGUGUCCUCAAGGUCCGCCCUGUUUAUAAUUUCUUUGAAUGUGAGAAUCCAAGUGAGCCUUUUGGUGCCUCCGUGACCAUUGAUGGUGUGACUUACGGAUCUGGAACUGCAAGCAGCAAAAAACUUGCGAAGAAUAAAGCUGCCCGAGCUACACUGGAAAUUCUCAUCCCUGACUUUGUUAAACAGACCUCUGAGGAGAAGCCUAAAGACAGUGAGGAACUGGAGUAUUUUAACCACAUCAGUAUUGAGGAUUCGCGAGUCUACGAGCUGACAAGCAAGGCUGGGCUGUUGUCUCCAUAUCAGAUCCUCCAUGAGUGCCUUAAAAGAAACCAUGGCAUGGGUGACACAUCCAUCAAGUUUGAAGUGGUUCCUGGGAAAAACCAGAAGAGCGAAUAUGUUAUGGCAUGCGGCAAACACACAGUGCGCGGGUGGUGUAAGAAUAAACGAGUUGGGAAACAAUUAGCAUCUCAGAAAAUCCUUCAGCUGUUGCACCCCCAUGUCAAGAACUGGGGGUCCUUGCUGCGCAUGUAUGGUCGUGAGAGCAGCAAAAUGGUCAAGCAGGAGACCUCUGACAAGAGUGUGAUAGAGCUACAACAGUAUGCCAAGAAGAACAGGCCCAACCUUCACAUCCUGAGCAAGCUACAAGAAGAGAUGAAGAGGCUGGCUGCAGAGCGGGAGGAGACUCGGAAGAAACCCAAGAUGUCAAUUGUAGCAUCUGCCCAGCCUGGUGGUGAGCCCUUGUGCACAGUGGAUGUAUGAGGUAGGCAGCAUGGGCCAACAGUGCUACCAGGAGACCAUCAGCCACACAUCUUCAUCAUUCUACAGCACCAGGCCUCCAACCUAAGUUCCUUCCCUGUGGCUGUGUCUGGGCUCUGGCUCUGGCACAUGGGGACAGCUGUGACCACACAGCACACAUGCAAAGCAGCAGUUCUGGACAAGCUGCUCUCAAUGUGACUGGAUAUACUUAUGGAUCAGUUAUAUGUUAACUGCACAAGUGGAAGCUGAUAGACAGCUGUAGAUCUUGCUUGUAUGUAUCUGCUGCGGACUGUUUUUAUGAAGGUUUUCAUUAAUUUUAGUACACUAUAUGCACUGACAAGAAGUAAUACUUCAUUGAUAGAUGAGAUGACCAGGUUUUAUAGCUUUGGCUGGCCUAUGAUGCCAGAUAGCCCCUUUGCUAUGGUUCUUUCUGGUGGAGCCACAGAGACUUGGUCAGAAGGUGCAGGUAUCCUAGUAUUACCUGCUUUGUGUGUUUCCCAUUUUCUUCUGAAAAAGUUAUAAUAGAAAGGAAUAUUUCAGGCUAUUUUGGCUUAAAAUAAAACAAAAUUUUAGCACCAGAAAUACUCUUCAGAGAUUGCAGUGAAGAUAACUGAACCAUCGAGAUACUGAGUGAUAGUCUGGUUGACCCUUGGGUUGCAGUCUACUUUUCUUAUGAAGUCUUAAUGUCCUAACAGCUGUCUUCUGGAUACUGAAGCUUCACCUUCGAUAAGCUCUAGUAACAGUUUUUUACAGAGAUUUUUGCACAAUCAAGCCCAUCUGUUCAUCAAUUUUUAAAGCUUUUAUGAUGUUAUAAAAUUUGGAAACUUUUACAGUAAGAAUGAUUUAGAAUCAUGCAUUUCAACAGAUGGACAUGUAUAAAUAGGAAACAGGGGCCCAUCAUUGACCAAGAGCUGGCUAGCACAUUGUACAUGAUAGUUAUAGCUUCUCUUGAUCUCAAGGGUAGCUGUUCUCUGCAGCCAGGCCUGAUUUCAGGUUGUUUUUGUCUGCCUGCACUCAUGGGAUAGCCCCUGUAGAUGGGUAUUGAAUAGAAGUGUAUUCAGAGCCCUAGUCUUGGUCAGUUGUUGGCCUAGCCCCUAGUACCUGUUCAUGGGGACUACACUCUACAUUCUCAGUGUGUGUCUCACCAUGUACCUGAAGAGAUGGUGACAUGUGCUGUCAGACAGACAGAAUGGUAACUGGGACUCCCAACAGCAUCUCCCUCCUUAACCACAUGUGUGACAGCAGUUAAUGUCUGUGUUAAUCUUGGCAAAAAGAACCCUCUAUCAAGUUGGUAGACUUAGACACUUGAUUCUUUUCUGCCUCCCAUUCAGUUGUGUUCAGUCUUUUGACUAACCAUUGCCCUUAAAAACAGAUUUGACAUUGAAAAAGUAUAAGGUAAUGGUGGUGUCUCUGCAGCCUCACACACAGGUGCUGCCACACAUUCCUGUCUCCAAUGCCCUCCCUGUCUUACAGGUGGGUGAGUCUUCUAUGUACAGCCAUGCUGCAAGGGUGGGAGCCUGUGCUGAUGCUGCUUCUGUGUGUUGGCCAAGGCUGUAGGGUGUACCCUGAUGGUCUGAACACAUAAAACUAUCCAAAAGGGAA